UUGCGGCCAUUUGCAAUUUAAACAAACGCCAAGAUUCAAGAAUCAAGAUUGAUCGUAAUUGUGAAUGUUUUGUUGUUCCUAUUUUUCUAAAUUGUUUUGGCAGAGUUUAUGAUUGUGUAAAUGACUUUUGUGAUGUGAAAUUUUAUUUGAAUAUAUAUUUUUGUAUCCGUCCAUGACGUAUACCAUGUUAUUGAAUGCAGUGAUGGAUUGUACACGCCAUCCCACCGGCAUUGAUUACUGACGCAAUUAUUUUUAGCAAAUACAUAUUAAGAAUAAUCCAUAAAACAUUCUACUUGAUAGGAUUGUGGUACUAGAAUGUCGGGCGCCGGUGGGCGUCUGGUUGUUCUGGACAGAGGUGGCAGGGCUGUGAAGUCAUAUUCACUGCCAGAAGGAAAUGCUAUCCUUGGCAAUGAUGAAGGGGCCCAUGUCCGGUUGCUUAUGGCAGGUGUUGAUCCUCAUCAUGCUACUGUUAUCAUACAUGCUAAUCAGGCGGUAAUACGCAGUGUAUCUACAGGGGAAACAUUUGUAAAUGGUCAGCCUAUAAGUGUAGCAGCUUUGAGGCACAAUGACAUUAUAUCAGUUGGAGGUAGGAACAUCCGUUGGGAAUACUUCAACUCUAGUAAGGGAUCACAUGCACCAGAACCAACUUUAGUGUGCAAGCGACGUGGAGCUUCAGCUAGCAAACUUAGGCGAAGGACUGUGCCUGCAAAGCAGUUGGUAUUGACCAAUACCCACACCAAUAGAGCUUCAAUGCCAGCGUCUACUAGUAUAAAGCAAGUGGCCAUUGUUCAGCCACAGAGAAGAGAUACAGUGACUACAAAUGAGGAAGAGAGUGGAGCCAAUCGCAGCCAGCAAGUGAGCUCACCGCGCCGAUCGGGAGCCCCCGCGCAUGUUAACCAAGAUGUUAACAUCAGUCACAGGAAAUCGUACCGCAGCGCCCAGCCGACGACGAAGGCCGCGCAAUGGAUGGAGUCUCGUGCGAGGGCCCGGGGCUCCCAGCGCCGGGCCCCGCGCGACCUGCCGGCCAAGAUACAGCCGCCGCUGGCGAUAGAUCAAACAAAGCGAGCUGCCAUUAUGUUGAUGACAAGACACACCAAAUCAACAUCGCCAGAUAUGAGGCACGGGCCAACUUUACUCGUAAAAAGGCCUAGCCCAGUCAAGAAGCAGAGUCCACAGAAAAGGGCCACACCUAAGAAGACGCCAAAGAAAAUGGCGAGAAAAACGCCGAGUAAAACGCCGAAGAAGACCCCUAAAACCACUAAUGUUCGGAACACACCCAAAAGAAUCUCUAUAAACACAUCACAGCUGUCUGUUGGUGCGACCGAAGUAACUGAUGUGCCAGAAGUGGAGAUUAGUGAGGGUCGACUAUCCGUUCGUAGAAGUAAUCCACGUCGGUCGGGAAAUUUGAACGUACUCAAGUCCCCCAAAUUGGCAAGUCCAAAAAAAUCGGCCCUUAAAGAUCCCUCAAAACGGCUUGUUAGGAAAACUGAGUCAAUUAAAUUUGAUCUUAGUAAUCUAGAUCAAACCGAUAGACAUGAUGAAACCAAUGAAACACUAUCUGAUGAUGACCUUAUUCUCAGGUAUUCGGAUAGUAGCGAUUCUUCACAAAUAAUAACAAUGCAAUCGCGUGGCAGCCGAAUUUUAGAGAAGUCUCUCGGAUCUCCGAUGAGUAUCCUAUCUCGUUCAUCCGAAAAAGAAGAAAAGAGACAACUGCACGAUGUUAAAUCUCCAACAGCAAAAUCACCGCGGUUCUCUAGAAGCUCUAUCAUAGUGGACCGCGCUCUCAAAAGAAGUUCGCGCAAUUUAACAUCAUCACAGCUAGAAUCCUACUCUAUUGUGGACCUUGUCUCUGUUAAUUCUACUUCAUCUCCCUCGGUGUAUGACUCUGUGCCGUCUUCUCCAUACGGUACUCCUAACAACGCCAAUAGAACGUCACGUUCGUUCCAUACUUUGACCUCCAGCACUCCCUACAGGGCUAAUAUAACCUUGGUUGACCAAUCUAUGACAACACCGGAGAAUUCUGAAUUACCUCAGCCUGAAAGGGUGUCACGUUUAAGCAGGACCAGGUCUCGGCUUAAUGAAAGCGAGCUAAUGGAUGAUGAUGAUUCGCCAAAAUCAUCGAGGCGAUGUCAAAGUGCGCCUAGUCCUGAACGAACUAUUUCUAGCCCUCAGAGUCGAAUUUCGCCUAGGUCUGCAAGUCAGAUCCUGUAUUUAAGUGCAAAGAAACCAAAAAAUAUUAGUCGCAACACUUUAAGAACCACUGGUCAUGACUCACCUAGCACCUCCAAGCUAAAUACGUCCAAAACAGUUGGGCUAAGCUUAUCCAGACCAAGUCAAAGCCCGCGUAGUCCAAUCAGGAAAAACUUAUCUAGAUCAACGAAUUUGACGGCUACUAACCUGGACAACACAAAUUCACUAACAAGAGAUAAUGAAAGUUCAGGAAGACGCAGCAGGCGAGAAUCGCCAAACAAAACAAAUAAGAUUUUGUCCGAAACGACUGGCCUAAGCUUAUCCAUAUCAAGUCAUAGCCCGCGUAGUCCAUCCAGGAAAAAUAUAUCUGAAGUAAUAAGCUUGACUGCUUCCACACUGGACAACACAGGUUCAAUGAUAUCAGAUACUGAAAGUUCGGCAAUCCGCAGCAGGCGAAGGACACCAAAAAAAGCAUAUGAGAGCUUGUCUAAAACAGGUGGCCUAAGCCCGCGUAGUCCAAUCAAGCAAAAAUUAUCUAGAUCAAUGAAUUCGACUAUUACUAAUCUGGACAACACAGAUUCAUUAGUAUUAAAUUGUGAAAGUUUGCUAAUCAGCAGCAGGCGACUAUCACCUAGAAAUGCAAAUGAUAGUUUGUCUAAAACAGUUGGCCUUAGAUCAAGUCAGAGCCCGCGUAGUCCAAAUAGGAAGACCUUAUCUGGAUCCAUGAAUUUGACAGCUACCAACCUGGAAAACACAAAUUCACUAAUAACAGAUGGUAAUAAUUCAGCAAUACGCAGCAGGCGAGAAUCGCCAAACAAAACAAAUAGGAUUUUGCCUGAAGCAAUUGGCCUUAGCUCAUCCAUAUCUAGACAGAGCCCGCGUAGUCCAUCCAAGAAAAAAAUAUCUGAAGUAAUAAAUUUGACUGCUUCAACGCUGGACAACACAGCUUCACUAUCGGGUUAUGAAACUUCGGCUAUUCGCAGCACGCGAGGAUCACCCACAAAAGCAAACGAGAGUUUGUCUAAGACAGUAUGCCUAAGCUUAUCCAGAUCAAGUCAGAGCCCGCGUAGUCCCAUGAGGAAGAAAGCAUCUGGAUCAAUGAAUUUGACAGCUACCAAUCUGGAUAAGACAGAUUCAAUGAUAUCAGAAAAUGAAAGCUCGCUUACCCGCAGCAAGCGAGGUAUAUCCAAGAAAGCCAAUGAGAGUUUGUCUGUAUUAGUCACCGGGUCAUCAAACAGAAAGAGUAUUUCCAGAUCGAAUAAAAGAAAAACGCGUGGAACAGUCGACAGAGAGUCACUCAAAAAAUUCAAUCAUAAGUCAUCCAUAACCAAUGAAAUCUUAAAAGGUCCCGAUGAUAUUGACGAUGGCACUACCACCCCCGACCAACAGCCAAAUAACGAAGAAGUUACCACCCCAGUACUUAGUAUCCAGAGUUUGCUGGAUCAAAGUCAUAGUUUUACACCUACUCAGAGUUUUUCAUUUCAAAAGAUCAAAAGAAGUUCGAAAAGAAAAACUUUAGGUUCAAUUGGAAGAAGCAAGAGGGUUAAGUCCGAUACGCUUCAAAACAGCGGUGACGUAACACCAACUAGUGCGGUCAAAUUACAAGUACCAGGUGUGAAAAAUAAACAUUCCACGGCAAAAAAAACAACCUCGAAAAGAACGCUUAUCGAUGACCUGAACGAAUCAGAUCUCGUCAAGCAGCUUUUCAAUAGUCCAGUCAAACGUAAUUUAUCACGUAGCAUGGUGGAGUUUACAGCACGUGAAAACGAUCAGCCCAGGAAGAGAACUCGUGCCACUAUUGCGAUGCACGAAACUCCAGAUCAUUCCGUUUCAUUCCAAGAUGAAGCAUUUACACCUGAAUUAUUCGUCAGCCCACUAUCCACGCCUCGCCAUAGUCCGAACCUUGAAGGUGUUCAACGGUUACUGAGUGGCAAUGAAAAUGAAUACGCCAAAGCUAGUUCUUCGCGAACCUCUUUAAGAAAUACUAACAAAAAGGAAAACGUGUACAACAUCAAAGGCUUAUUCGCAAAGUCACCAAAUCGGCUCAGUGAUGUCAGAGUCAAAAAAUUAUUUGCAAAAUCACCUCACAACGAUCUUCGAAAAGUUACCGGAGUUAAAUCUCUGUUCUUAAGGAACACGCGAAAAUCACCCAGAAAUAAUUUAGAAGACGUGCGCGGCGUGAAAAGACUAUUCGGGAGAAGUCCACGGGACGAUUUACGUAAUGUUUCGGGCGUAAAAAAAGUUUUUCGUCGGGGACCGAAAAAUAACUUGAGUGAUGUCAGAGGUGUGAAACGCUUGUCACAAAAGAUUGGCCGAAUUUCGCCUGAACUGAGCGGUGUAGAAUUAUUGUUUCAAGAGACUGAUAUGAACAGUACAUUUGAUCAACUAAUGGAUCGACCUGCAAUACGAGCAUAUCCAGCUAGUGCUCGCAAACCUGUUGUCAAAAAGAAUAAGGUACGCGAAACGAAAUCUCUCCAUGAUUCCAUAGACUCGAUUACCAAUAACGUCGAAGAAUGGUUGGAUUCAGAACUUAAACGACGCUUGAACAAACCUUCCAUUGAAACAAAUAAAACAAGAGAAUUACAGAAACUCAGUACUAACACUGUAGAAGGCCAAACGCCUCUGAUACUAUCGAGAACUAGAAAUAACACUGCAACUUAUAGCGAUAGCACCUUGCCGAUCAAGAAGAGGUCGCUUGUAAACAAAAGCAACAAGAGCGACGAGAGUCGGGCGUUACUUCCGCUUAAAAAGCGGCUUGUAGUGCAUUCAACUCCCAUGAAAGGGCGAUAUGAAACAAUGAACGCGUCUGAACUUGGUCGCGUUUCGCCUAUCGCUGUGCAGGAGAAAACUGUUGUAGAUAAUAUUGCGAGGAAUUUACAAGAUAAAGAAGCUUCAACUUACGUUUUAAAUAAAAAUGGAAAGGACCAAUCAACAGGGACGCAAACUAGCAUUAUUGACAAAUUUCCGUCUCCAAAAAGGAAAAGUGUCGUUAGAGGCCGAAAGAGUGCUGCUACACAAUAUAGUCCAAAAGAAAUUACAGAAAACAAUAGUCCCAAGAAAGUCAGCAAUCUGAAAACAAGUCCGAAUACAACGAGUACGGUUAAACCGAAACCUCGAAUUACAAGAAAUACAAAAAGACUAAAAGCGUCUAUUGCUAUUUUGAAGAAGUCACCAGUCUUUCCUAAAUCAACAACACGAAGAAAGAAAACGGAAAUAUCCAAAUUAAUAUCCCCUAACGAAACAUCAGACCCAAAACCAAAACGAGGACACAAAAGUUCAAUUAAAGAUAUAGAGCAAGCUGUCCCAAAUGAACCAAUUCGAAUGAAUCGUAAGCAGCCUAGUAAAGUCAUAUCGCAGCCAACAACUAGCGAUGAUACAGCGGAAAGAAAAUCAAAAAGGGGACGCGGAGGUCCAACUAAGGAUAUAGAGCAAGUUAAAGCAACUGAAGCAAUUCGAAUAAAUCUCAAGCAGCCCAGUAAGGAAAUUUCACAAUCAACAACACAUGAUGAUACAGAAGAACUUAAACCAAAAAGAGGACGCAAGGGGCAAUCUAAAGAUAAAGACCAAUCUGCAACAAAUGAACCAGUUCGAAACAAACGCAAGCAGCCUGCUAAGGAAAUAUCACAAUCCACCACUAGCGUCCAUACAGCAGAAGUUAAAUCAAAAAGAGGUCGCAGAGGUCCAAAUAAAGAUGAAGAGCAAGCUGAAACAAAUAAACCAAUUCAAAACAAUCGCAAGCAGUCUAGUAAAGAACAAUCGCAUCCAACCGCCACCAAUACAUCAGAAAUUAAAGCAAAAAAAGGACGCAAAGGUCAAAAUAAAGAAAUUGAGCAAACUGAGACAAAUGAAACAAUUGAAACCGAUCGCAAGCAGCCUAGUAAAGAAAAAUCACAACCAAUAACUAGUGAUGAUACUACAGAACUACAACCAAAAAGGGGACGCAAAGCUCCAAAUAAAGAUACAAAAGAAGCUGAAAUGGAUAAACCAAUUCGUACCACUAGAAGGCAGCUAAAUAAAGAAAUACAUGAACCAACUGCCAACGAUGAUACAGCGGCUUUAAAACCAAAACAAGGGCGCAGGGGUCCAACUAAAGUUAUAGAGCAAGCUGAAAUAAAUGAACCAAUAAGAGUAAAUCGCAAGCAGCCUAGUAAAGAAUUAUUGCAGCCAACAGCUAGCGAUGAUACAACAGAACUUAAACCAAAGAAAGGACGCAAAGGUCUACCUAAAGAUAUAAACCAAGCUGAAGCAACGAUAACCACUCGCAAGCAGCUUAGUAAGGAAAUGUCUCAACCAACUGCCGACGAUGCUACUGCCGAACUAAAACCAAAACGAGGACGUAAUGCUCCGACUAAAGAUAUUCAGCAACCUGAACCACAAACUAAAUCAACACGCAACAAUCGCCGGCUUCAAAAUAUAGUUCAAGUCCCAGAACCAAAUUCAGCGGACGAAACACUACCAACAGAAAAAUCUAUAAUCGAAGCGAAGCCGAAACGUGGAAAACUAAUUGGAAUUGCAGAAGAUCCUAAGCGCGGGGAUAAACUAAAGGAAACGGAGGAAGCCGUUCCGAAAAAUACCAAAAAACGAGGUGACACAGCAAAAUCAACGCCAAGUCCAAAAGUGAAACGGUUACGCGCCAAUGAAAAUACCACUGUUGUAGUGGCACGUAUGAAUAAAAAACAAUUGGCUGAAAUUGCAGAUGCAAAAUUGGGGCAAAAAGCAGACACUAAAGCUGAACAGACUGGCAUUAGUAGAACGCGCAAGCAAAAUGAAAAUACAGUUGCAAUCAAGGUGACGACUGCAGGAAGUCGUAAGCGCAAACCUGACACCGUUCCCGAACUAGAUGACAACAAUCUCCGCGGCAACAAGAAACUGCGAACGACAAAUACGCCCCCGGCCUCGCCUCAGACGAAGACAAGGGCGACAAGAGCGGCAACGGCGCUUACUAAUACUACAGCAGCGACUACCGCCAGAGGAACAAGUGGGACUCGUCAGGCAAAAGCGACCAGGGGGACCCAACAGAUUACAGUGCAAGAAACCCAGCUAAAGGGUCGCACGCGCAGGAGAUGAAGUACACCAACGUCGGUUGCAUUAUGAUUGAUACACACGCAGUACAAACUAAUCUUAGGUGCAACAUAAGGACAAUAUUAACGUUAGUUUAUUGUGCUAGUGAGGUUUUUAGAUAAGUGUUUGUGUGUGCCUUUGAGAGGCCUUCUAUCUAUAGUAUCAUGUCUCGAUUAAUUAAUGCUUAAUCUUUGUUUUUCUCAAUUAUGUACAAUAGUGACUUAAUUUUGAAGUAUUUGGGUGCUUUGUUGGUCAUCUGUUAAUAAUAACGGUGAUCUAUCUUUAAAUGGGUGCCUUGUUGAUUAUAUUCAGUAGUCGAAUAAUAGUUAUUUAUGCAACUGUUGUGUAAUAAGGGGUAUUAAAACUCGAAUGUGGGUGGUAAUAGUUUCACAUGGUGUUUUAAUACCUAAUUAUCAACAGUUGCAUACAAGACUUUAUCUACAUCCAUAAUAUUAAUCCUCUAUAAAAGAUUCUGAAACAAUUAGCUUACUGCUAACAUUAAAAAAGCCAGUCCCAGUAACCAUAACAUCAUCCAAAUGAGUGUUGUAAUGUUGUACUGAAUUUCAUUACAACACUCGUUUGGAUGAUGUAAUGGUUAUUAGGACAUUGGGUGUUUAAAUGUUGGCAAUAAGCUAUCUGUUUUAGAACCUUUAAUAGAUGAUAUAAAGGAUGGUUGUAGAUAAAGUCAUUUACAAAACGUGACUUAGUGUUUAUUAACUUUGGGUGCCUUGUAAUGAUAAGUAACGGUUUUACAAUAUAGAGAGAGUCACCUAUAAGAUAACGGUUAUUAAGUUAUCUUACAGUUUAUCAAAUAUUGAGAAGUAUUUAAAAUAUAGAUUAGCAAUAAUUUCCCUCUAGAAGACCAUGUGUAUCAAAAAAUUAUGUAAAACACGAAUUUAUAUGGUAAAUAUUGCCCAAAAUGAUAUUUAAUAGAUUUCAGAUCAGAUACUUUUUCAACCACCAAUAUACAAUAUUUAUCGAACGGGUUUUAUAGUAUUUUCUGUGUUUAAGGCCUAUUGUGAUAUAUUGUGUCAAAUGUGGUUGAAUUUACUGGCUAUUUCGUUUUUAUACUAACAAUUAAUUAUUAACUAUAUAUAUUAUAGUAUUUUCAUUAAUUAGCUGUGUCGAGCGCUUAGAUUUUGAUAAGUUUAUUAUAUUGAUAGUUUUAAUGAAGAGUGGAUCCAAAAUGUAAAUAGUCUACAGACAGUUUUAAAACAAAUUUUCGCUCGGUGCUUACUUAAACUACUUAUUAGCUUGGAAUUUUCAAAUUAACACAAAAAAGUCGGUGAUGUUGAAUGUUACACUAUUAAUUUCAUAAUAAAAAUAUUUUAAAUUAUUUCGUGUCAACCCGAGAGGUCGCGGGUUCGAGUCUCGAAUCGUUCAUAAAUUUUAGUUACAACUUUAAUAUACCUACCUAUUUUACACUGAUAUCUAUUGUCCAUUUGUUGAGACUUGCAUAAAUAACUGUGUUAAAAUAAGACCUCCCCAGGAUUAUUCAUCAGUUGGACUGUGAACGUAUAAAAUGUAUACGAUUGUCGAUUUCUCAUUGUCUAACCACUGCGAUUACGACUUGAGAGACAAGCCGCGACCGGUCGCCAUUUUGGAUCCUAUUCUUUAUCGUAUGUGAAUUAUUUUAGACAUAGGCUUGCUUUAGUUUUAGUUUUGGUAUUUUUUAUAUUAUUUAGCAUGUAUCGAAUUAAUAUUAUCAUACCUAGCAUAUCAAAGAAAAUAUGGUUUCUAUUUUACUCUUGAACUAAAGGAGAACUUAACCAAUUUGUACGGGGCAUAGGUACAAACCUUACCUUUUUUUUAGUAUACUAACUAGUUUUUAUUUGACUUUGCUAGCUAGCGGGGUUCAUGAGAUAUCCUGGUUUUUAUAUUUCAUGAAAGCCGCUUUAUUCACACUUGUAAAACUUUUACAAUAUAAGCUGUAUUUUGUAAUUAAUUGGUUUGAUUGAUUUUGUAAGGUUAAGACCACAUAUCUAAAAGCGAUGAAACCACAAUAUUCUUUGAAUAAACAUGUUGGAACAGUCUACCCCCCAGAGUAGAAUUGAUAACCAUAAAAAAACCUUUAUAAAUAAAAAAAAUACUAGAAUAUCGUUCAUAUGGAUACAUUAUAUUAAAUAUAUUUAUGUAUUUAUUUAUUUUUGUAAUGAUUAAAUCUAUUUAUCGAUUAAUAGUAACUCAGUUCUCUCUCAAACUAUUUAAUAACUUAUAAAAUAUUUUUAACUUUCUCCCCUUAGGAGUAGACUCCCCCGUAGACUCCUGAUUUUAUCUCAUUUUGCUCGUAAUAAAUCCUACAAUAAUCUAUGUAAUAUUGAUAAAUGUACAAGCCAGUACCAAUUUGGUGGUUCUCCUUUCGUGUCUUGUUAUCAACUGAAGAAGUGAUGCUAUUUGGUUUUAACAAACUUACAUUUUUAGUAAUAUGGUAUUGAAUCAAUUAAUACAUUUUAAUGUAAUAUAAACAAACAUUGUUUAACUAUGACAAUUAUUGAUUUGGCCAAACACAUUUACAAAUAUUGUAACGAACAAUAAUUGUUAAUAUUUGAACUAUUUCGUUCUUUUUAAUGUAUUGCUGCGGUGACCUUAUAAAUACCAACAUAUCACGUUGCAAGUUACAUUUACUUACGUGCACUGUUGCUCUUCAGUAUAGAUUUUGUCUGCAUAAUUCAUAAUUUCUUCAAAUUUGCUGUUAAAAAAAUAGUUUUUAGCCAUUGUGUAGAAACUGGGAUUGGUUUUCUACAAUAUGUAUCUAAUUUAAUUUUAUAUAGCUUUGUUGACCUUUCAAUGGCAACAAACGAUUUGGCAAUACAUUCGUGUUUUUGGUCCGCACAUUCAUGUAAUCAAUCCUCUGUUAAUUUACUGGACAUAGUUAAGAAUUGCCAGUCGAUUUGAUGGACUUUUAGGGCUAGAUUUCACUGGGACACCACGGUAGCGCAACCAGUCGCCGCUACCAACUAUAUGUAUCCAUCUACCUAUCAGUAAGCUCUAUAGAGACUCACCUGCGGGCCAUGGUAAUGAACUGAAUGUAUUAAUUUCUACGUAAAAAAAUCUUCUUAAACCAACCAUUUUAGGUUUCGAAACGCAACACAUAUGGUUCGAGUAAGAGUGACAGACUUAUGCAACGACUGUAUAGCGUCAUCUCUUUCUAAAACCGCGGACCACAGACAAAUUUCUUUCAAUUAUUCUUCCAUAAGCGAUUCAAACGCCAUUCAGUUAUAGCCACUUCAUGGUAAGAAUCUUAGCAGUUCAGUUUAGGUAGUACCUAAACUGCUACGGAAUUGAAUCGCUAAUUAUGAUAAGCCUUCUGGUGUCUGUUUGGUUGCGCUACCAAAUUGGUAUCGCGACCAGCUCGGACGCGUCAUGACUGGUGUCUAGCUUGGUAGCUUAAGGACACCAUGUUGGAUGCGUCACCAUGAUGGUGUCCCGGUGAAAUCUAGCCCUUACUACAAAGAAUAGGGACUGAACGUAUGACACAUCAAAAAACUAUAUUGCGAUAGAACAUUAAUCAAGACUAAUAUAGUUGACUUGUAAAUUUUACUGACCAAAAACACUUAUUAAUCUUAUUAUUUCUUGUUGACACUUUGUAGACCAUUAGCACCGGCUCAAUAUUACUGGUUAUAUUAGUAAAGAGGACCAAGAUUAUGUAAAUGAAUAAUUUUAAACAAAUGUUUAUAUUUAUAACGAAUUGUGUAAUUCAAUUGUUAGAAUUCGAAUUUAAUGAUUUUAAUAAUAUUUAAUGAUUGGAAUUAAUAAUUUGAAUAAAUAAAUCUUGUAAGUAAUUUA